CAUAUUAUAAAAAUGCGGAAGAAUCGCUUCCAUGCAGCAACUAUGUUUCAUUCACUCCUUUCCGUCGGGCCGUUCCUGCUAGUGCUCUUCGCCAGAUGUGGCUGCAAUGAAAUACAGAUCAUCGUCGUGGGCGAGUCUUCUGAAGAACUGGACAAGGUUGGGCUAACAUGCCGCACGCUACCCAGCUCGGGCUACGCAUGUCGAGAUGCCGUAAAUAAAACUAUGUUCUAUCACGAUCCUCACACCAAGAAAUGCACACCAUUCACUUUCCUUGGAUGUGGUGGCAACAGCAACAAGUUCGACAGACGUCACCAAUGUGAAAGGUUCUGUAGAGUAAGACCCGAAGGUCGUUGCGGAGAAGUGAAGGACGAAGGGAAUUGCAGGGCAUUGCUCCCAAGAUUUUACUUCGACUGGGAAACAUGGCAAUGUCUCAGCUUUAGCUACGGAGGAUGUGAAGGCAACGACAACAAUUUCAAAACACGAGAAGAAUGCCAGCGUAUAUGCAAACAUUGAGAUCAUCGAAAGCUGGCUGCGGGAUUCUGGCCCCGACUCGCUUCUUUGCAGUUAUUCUCCCAUUUAUUUCAAAUAAAGUAUACAGCUAU